AUGCGGGUAUGGGGCGCGGUGUCGUGCGGCAAGUGCAUGACACCUCCCCCUCCCGUCGCGGGAGCUGCCAGGGGGUGGGCGAAGGCCAACUACUUUGUUUCGCCGCAGAAUGUCACCCGGGAGGGGUUCCCACUGCUGGCUUCGCAGUAUGGUGGAGGCUCCUUCGCUGCCUCUCUGCGGCCGUCGAUAUUGGAAGGCAAGCAUGAGAGCCUGAAGGCAUCGGAAAACUUCUAUCGGGUCGGCCAACAGAUCCUCACCUUCUUCCCGGCCGACUUCGCGCUGGGCGUCUUCGUGCAGCCGAUGGCUCUGGCGGGAGGGCAGUGCACGGACAGGAACCCGGCAGGUUUCCUGCAGAGUCGCAGUUCGACGUGCUCCCGCCGCGUCCCAGACCUGCGCCGCUCCUGCGCCGAGCUCCCCGCGUUGGAUGCGGCCACGUAUUACCAGUACUUCGUCCUCCUCCAGACUCCGAAUACUACUGUCAGGAGCUGGGUAAGGAUUCUACCUCAAGGUGGGCAGAUUGUGCCUUCGCCAAUGGUUCUGAAUGACUCCUGCAUCAAUGUGGUCUCAGCGGUGGCCUACCUAAUAAGAUGCCGGGGGCAGGAAGGGAUCGUAGGGGCCGAGGUGACCUUCACCUUCACGGACGUGCCACUGUCGGCCACCACAAUGCAGCAGACCUUUCACGUCACCUUUGUGAUGGACUCGGGGAGCAGCGCGGCGGAGAGGCGGAGCGGAAAUCCCGGAUACCUGAUGGGGAAGCCCGUCCGGGCCUUCAGAGAGGAGGAGCCUGCCAGCCUGACCAUCCUGCGGAGCUCGGCGGACGGCUCCUGCUCCCCGGCGCCGAGGAACAUUGCUGUCUUUCGGCACGACAUGAGGGCCGGCUGCUGGUACAGCUUUGACCCGGGCCACACGUGCAGCCAGCGCCAGGAAGCCAUCAACCUCGUCCUCCUGGGGGACGGACCCCCCGACUCCCUCGGCAUCCUGGGCAAUGCCAGUGGCAGCGAACCCCAGGGCUUGACGCGGAUCAUCAACAGCAUCCCCACGGCCGCGAACGCGAGCUGCGAGACCAGCUGCCGGCUCGCUCUGGCGCUGGACGUCCAGGUGCUGUGGGCGAACAUGGGACCGCUCUCCAACCCCCAGUCCGCUGUGCUGGGCGCCCGCUUCCUCUACCGGACCCAGGAGGUACAGUGUUCCAGCAGGAAAGUCGCCCUGAUGUCCUCCCUCACCUUUGUGGACACCACUCGGUACCCGCCAGCCCCCAGGGACCAGCCGGCCCCCGACUGGAAGCUGCCCUUUGACUUCUUCUACCCAUUCAAGGUCUCGGGCGCCGGAGUUGUCGAGCCGGCGGGACGGGUGCUGGGCUCCAUCUGGGCCGUGGCUGUGGCGCUUUUCCUGAGUCGGCAGUGAGGUCCCAGCGAAUCGACGGGUGACUGUCACUGGGUGGGGACUGGCCGGCGGCUCUUGCUGAGUGUGGGGAACUCUCGCCGGUUCUGGAGCUGGGGAGAAUGUUUCCCACUGGAUCCUGAGCUGGGACGGUUGGGGGUGGGGGUGUGGAUUACACAGGGUCCUCGGCUGGGAUCGGGUGUGUUAUUACAGGGGAUACUGGGCUGCGGCAGGGGGUGUGGAUUACACAGGUUCCUGGGCUGGGAUGGAGGUCUGCAUUACACAGGGUCCUGGGCUGGGGCAGGGGUUGUGUAUAACACAGGGUCAUGGGUUGGGGCAGGGUGUGUGCAUAACACAGGGUCCUGGGCUGGGGCAGGGUGUGUGCAUAACACAGGGUCCUGGGCUGGGGCAGGGUGUGUGCAUAACACAGGGUCCUGGGCUAGGACAGGGGUUGUGUAUAACACAGAGUCCUGGGCUGGGACAGGGUAUGGAUUACACAGGGUCCAGGGACAGGCGAAUAGCUCCCACCAGCCUUCAAGAGCGGUGUGGGGAACAGCUCCCUGCUAGAUGGAGGAGACUUGGGAAGGUUAUUGGGAACCCGCUCCCUCUGGGGCGGGAAGAAGGACUUUUGGACCGCCUGCUGGGCUGGAUGUGGGACGGUGCAGGGGCAUUCCCUACAGCUUGCUCUCCUGAGAUCAGAUGGGAGCGGCUAUAAACCAGAGGCACCGACACAAAGGUAUGGUGUGGGAUCCGUCGCUCUGGAGCCAGCUUCUGGGGCACUGGGACCACAGGUUGGCUACAGACCUUCUCACCACUGUACUCAUGUGCUACCUGUCCACUUGACCUUAAUGGGAAUGUAGAGGCCAGUGGGAUUUUAAUACUUGUUCAUAUCUGAAUCUCUUAUCAAUAAAAGUAUAUAUUUUA